AUGAAGUACUCUACAAUCUUCUCAGCCAUUAUUGGCAGUGCGUCAGCAUCCGUCCUCCCACGCCAGGCUUGCUUGCCUCUCAAGCACAGUGUGGCUCCAGGACCCGUUCCAAACACUGUUGAAAGCUUUGGAAAUUACCCCUUCUACAGCGAAAUCGCAAAGGUCGUCGUUUCACCUGCAGGCUUUGAGCCCAUUGCCAAAGCUGCUUCGGCUGCCGUCAAUUCGGCUAGUUAUAUGCACAUCAUCAACCUCGACUCUUAUGACGUUUCUGCAUGCGCUCAGCACUGCGAUGCAACUGGUGGAUGCGAAGCUUGUGAUCAGGCCAUCAACGAGGCCGACAUCACAAACGAAGGUCAGGGACGCGGCCCUAUCGAUGCCAACGGCCAGGCGUUCGAGGUCGUCAUUCGCGGCUCGAAUGCCAAGGAGACUGUCACUGUAACUGUCACUGCUCCAUGCACUGCAAGUUCCAUGGUCGACGCAUUCACCAAUCCUCUUGUGCCCUUCUUGACGCCCGGACCUGUUGCCUUCCCCAAGUCUUCCUCCGCUAGCACGACUUCAACUACCCAUUCUGCUUCCGUAACGAGUGCUGUUGUCGGCACAAGCUCUUCGUCCAAGAGCACUCGAUCGGCUAUGUUCACGCCAUCGCUCAUUAGCGAGCCUCUAACAUGGAGCUUUGCCGCGCCCACGACUUCUACUAAAAGCAUUGCAUCAGCGACGAAGGUUGCUGUCACCACGCUUGCAUCUUCGUUUGUGCGUCAAAUUUGGUAG